AUGGAGUACUUAGAAGAUAUUAAAAUUCACGACAACAGUGAUGGUGUCAAAUAUGGCGGGUACGAGGAUCAGUACAAACUGUGCAUAUUUGAAGAGAAUGUCGAUGGAGUUAAUGAACGCUACGAAAUGAGGUGCCGACCAGAUCUGCAAUGCUGUAAGAACUCGUGCUGUACGGUCGAAGAGGUCACCGUACCAUUCUGGUUAAUGAUUUUGUUUAUAGCGCUUGCUUUAUUACUGCUUUUGCUUGCAUUGGGUACACUUGCUUGGUGCUGCAGUAAAAGAAGACCAAAACCGAAACCUGUUCCAAAACCCAAAAAAGUCAGUAAAAAUGAUGCCCGAAAUGGUUAUAGAAGAAGCGAUAUGAGUUAUAACCAAGCCAAAGGUUAUGAACCUCUUCCAGCUGACAUCGAGCGAACACGACACAGUGACAGUUUCAAUCAGUCAUCAAAAACUAAUCAUUAUGAUAAAGCAGCUGAAGACAGUCGCUACGAAAGAGCGAUGCGCCGUGGAAUAGAUGAUAGUAAAUUUGGCGGAGAUAAUGCACAUGGAUAUUUAAACCCUAUCUACACACCUAAGAGCUCGCUCCGUAACACUUACAGGGAAAGACAUAGCAGCGAUAGACUGUCUGAUAUUGAAUCACAAAAUACUGUCAUUGACAGAAAUGCUGCUACCUCAAGUCACAACAAAGAAGUUCUUGUUCCCGUAGAACACACAAAUCAGAUAAGAAGAUUAGACGAAAAUCGUAGAUACGGAGGCAGAUUUCCUGAUUAUUCCCCUAUUGGUCAUGGCACACAGUGGCGAAGACCUAACGGACUGGGUGAUCAUGGUAUUGUUAAAGAAACUUAUGAAGAAAAGUUUGAAGAGAAAUAUUUGACAGAAGAAUACCCCGAAGAAUACGCGGGUACGAGACCGUUCCCGCGAACGUGA